AUGGUACAAAUGAGUGUGAUUACCACAAAUCAAUCCCUGCUCGAUCGACCUCUUCAUCGUCCUCGACUAGGCAUCUUUGUCUAUCUGCUUUGUUUCUCGGCCGUAAUCGGCGGCUUUUUGUUCGGCUAUGACACGGGCAUUGUCUCUUCUGCCAUGCUUUUCGUCCCUUCCAACGGCGGGAUGAAGCCAUUGUCUUAUGCUUGGCAAGAAGUCAUCAUAUCUGUUACGCCAGGUUUCGCUGCCGUCGGGUCAUUAUUAGCGGGCCCUGGGGCCGAUCGUUUUGGCAGGAAAAAGAUGAUCAUCGGUUCUUCCUUCGUUUUUACCGUCGGUGCCCUGGUUUGUGCGAUUGCCGUCGAAAAGAUCAUGCUGACGGGCGGCCGCAUUCUGCUCGGGCUGGCCAUCGGGUUUGCGUCGAUGAUUGUGCCGCUGUACGUGGGCGAGUCUUCGCCGGCCCACAUCCGAGGAACACUCAUCACCGGAUUCCAGCUGCUCAUCACUUUCGGACUUUUUGCAGCGAAUCUGAUCGCUGGCGUCUUCAGCUACAUUGAUCCCACCUCUAUCGGAUGGAGGUUGAUGUUCGGGUUUGCGGCAAUCCCGGCUGGUAUUCAAUUUGUCGUCUUCUUUUGCAUGCCAGAAAGUCCUCGGUGGUUGUAUGAACAUGGCCGGAUUGAAGAUGCCAAAAGUGUGCUAGACAAGAUUUACAACGGCGACAAAGCUUGGAUUGAAUACGAAGUGGCCGAACUGACAUUAGCCGCUGAAAGGGGACGCAGUGUCCCUCAAGAAACUGGUAUGGCCCUGCUAUGGCGGAUCUUCACGACAGCCCACGUGCGAAAGGCGCUACUUGUCGGCUGUGUAUUACAGGGCUUCCAACAAUUAUCCGGAAUCAACACCAUCAUGUAUUACACGGGAAAGAUUAUCCAAUCAGCCGGCGUCAGCAGCAAGCACGCGACAAUAUGGAUUUCAGCUGCGAUCUCUGCCGUCAACUUUUUGUGCACAUUUUUGCCACUGUAUAUGGUGGAUCGAUGUGGUCGACGGGUGCUGCUGAUCGCGUCUGUGCUUGGCGUGGGAGCCACGUUGCUGGCGAUGGGUGGCGCCUUUCUGGCGAUAAAUCGAGAAUCCGAUCUGGUGAUCAACAACUAUACAGCGUCCCCUGUCAAUCAUAUUGCCCAUUGCAAAGCGUAUAGUAACUGUGACUACUGCGUGACGGAUGAGCGAUGUGGCUUUUGCAAGGCGAAGGCAGCUGAUGCCGGCUAUUGCGUGCCAUUUUCAAUGGAUACUGACGAUCGUUCAUUGACGGGUCCAUGCAUUAAUGGGACAGAGCAUGGCCGAGGACAAGCAUAUCAAUGGAGUCCGUCUUUCUGCCGUUCCGGCCUGACAAUGCUGCCAAUCGGCCUGAUGAUCCUGUAUUUGGGGUUCUUUUCUAUUGGUUUUGCCCCAUUACCGUGGGUACUGAACGCAGAAUUCUACCCGCUAUGGGCCAGAUCGACUUGUGUGGCAAUGGCCACAGCUGCGAAUUGGGCCUUCAAUCUGUUGAUCUCUCUCACAUUCCUCUCACUUUCACAGGCACUCACCAAAUAUGGUACAUUCUGGCUGUACGGGGGUGUGACAGCAAUUGCCCUUAUUUUUGUGGUGAUAGCAGUGCCGGAGACAAAGAAUUGCUCGAUUGAAGAAGUGGAGCGUUUAUUCAUGUCAGAAGAGGAACGGAUGAAGCAGAAUCGUCCCAUUGGCUAUCAAAAAAGAUCACAGUCCGUCGACGUCGUCUUC